GUUUACGACCCGCCAAUGUUUCGAGAGAAGAAGAAGACGUAGAAUGCUAGCUAGUUUAGCUCAAGCUAGCUAGCUCGUUGGAUGCACUGAAGUGAUGUUAUGCUAGCUAUUUGCUAACUAUCUGGAUUUCAGGGAAACAGACAAAAAACCUAACAUCGUUUUUGGAAUGCUUAACCAGCCUUGAGUCGAUACAACCUAUGUUUGGUGUGAUUACCCUCCGGCCCGUCAUGAAGUUGACCGGGCACACAGUUGUCGGAUGAUUCUCCUGAAUUAGUAGCUAAAGGGCCUCGAGUCCGCGGUGCUCGGGUGAAGGACAGCCGGGGAUCAGCGCCUACUGAGAGCGGGAGCUUUGAGCCACAAGCCAACUAGUAAUACGAGGUUUUAUUUAUUAUAACUGUACCACAACCUAUCCUCAUCAUGUCACACACCGGACCCCCUCCUCGAUGGCGGAAUUGUCCCAGAAGAGGACAACCUGUGGCAGGUAAAUUCCUGCCAAUGAAAACGAUGUUGGGUCCCAGAUACGACGACCAAGUCCCAGAGGAGAACAGAUUUCACCCGGGCAUGCUGUCCAACUUUUUAAAAAGUCUAAAAGUGAAAAUGGGUUUGCUUGUGGAUUUGACGAACACUACGCGUUUUUAUGACCGCAACGACAUUGAAAAAGAAGGCAUCAAAUAUGUGAAGCUUCAGUGUAGAGGCCAUGGAGAAUCCCCGUCGAAAGAGACUACUACAUCUUUCAUCAGUAUCUGUGAACACUUCAUCGAGAAGAAUCCUACCGAGAUAAUAGGUGUUCACUGCACGCAUGGCUUCAACCGGACUGGCUUUCUGGUGUGUGGGUACCUGGUGGAGAAGAUGGACUGGAGCGUGGAGGCAGCCGUGGCGGCGUUCACGCAGGCCCGGGCCCCCGGGAUCUACAAGGGAGAGUACCUCAAAGAGCUUUUCCGUCGUUAUGGAGACGAGGAGGACUCACCCCCUGCCCCUGCGCUCCCCGAGUGGUGCUUCGACGACGAUGACGAGGAGGACGUGGACGACGAUGGAAAGUCUGUGGGCCAGGAUUCGGGCCCCAGCUCCUCGGGGUCAUCGGCUGGCAAACGAAAGAAAGAAAAGCUCAAGCUGGGUGCAGUAUUCCUUGAAGGCAUCACGGUGAAAGGCGUCUCACAGAUCACCACACAACCCAAACUCGGAGAGAUCCAAAGAAUGUGUCAGAGGAUGGCCGAGUGGGAAAGAUCUGGUUUCCCUGGGGCUCAGCCUGUGUCCAUGGACAGGACAAACCUUCGUUUCAUGGAACAGAAACCAUACAAAGUCAGCUGGAAGGCUGACGGCACACGGUACAUGAUGUUGAUCAACGGAAAAAAUGAAGUAUUCAUGAUCGACAGAGACAACACGAUCUUCCACAUAGCGAACCUAGAGUUUCCUUUCCGGAAGGAUCCACGUGUACACCUCGCAAAUACUCUAUUGGACGGGGAGAUGAUCAUCGACAAAGUGAACGGUCAGCCGGUGCCCCGCUAUUUGAUAUACGACAUCAUCAAAUUCAAUGGACAGCCGGUUGGCCAGUGUGAGUUCAAUAUUCGACUGUUAUGCAUGGAAAAGGAGAUCAUUUCUCCCCGGAUGGAAAAGAUGAAGACCGGACAGAUCGACAAAACCAAGGAGCCCUUCAGCGUCCGAAACAAACCCUUCUUUGACAUUCAUUUAUCACGCAAGCUUCUUGAAGGCAGCUUCACGUCCCAGGUCAGCCAUGAAGUCGACGGGCUUAUCUUCCAGCCGUACGGGAGAUACAAGGCCGGCAGGUGUGACGACAUCCUCAAGUGGAAACCCCCGAAUCUCAACUCUGUGGACUUUCGCCUGAAGAUCACCAAAGUCGGAGGAGAAGGGCUGCUGCCACAGACCGUCGGCUUGCUCUACGUCGGCAGCUAUGACAGGCCCUUUGCAAAGAUGAAGGCCACCAAAGAGCUGAAACAGUACGACAACAAGAUCAUCGAGUGCACCUUCGCCAACAGCACCUGGGUGUUCAUGAGGCAGCGGGUUGACAAGAGCUUCCCAAACUCCUACGACACAGCCAUGGGGGUGUGUAAAAGCAUCACGGAGCCCGUCACUAAGGACAUCCUGUUGGAGUUCGUGGACCGCUACUCUCAGGCCGUCCAAGCCCAGAACCGGAAACACCCCGCAGACGCAGACUCUGAGCUAAUGCCCCCUCCUCCUCCAAAGAGAGUGAACCGGGCCAACCCAUAGCUCUCAUCCGGACGCUCUCCAGUCGCAGCGUACAUCACCAGCCCCCCCUACAGAAAACAGACAUUUCAAAGCUUUUAUUUCCAUCAGCACAUUUGCUUUCACAGCCUAUAAAUGCCAGGACUUUGAUUGACUGCCUCGUUAAUUUACCUUGUAGACUUCUUUGUAGCUUUACUUGCUGGUGUUCUUAUUAAAAUGAAAAUCAUAAUGGUUAGUUUAUUUUUUGUUUUGCUAUUUAUCUUUUUUUUUUCUUUUUUUUUUUUUUAAAGCCUGAGCUAUUUAUCAAAAGGGACGUUCUUUAUCUCUACAAAACAACACCUCUCGAUGCAGACCUUGUUCAUGUUUUGUCAACAAGUUCCUUAUUUGUAUUGAAGGAGGAGUAAACAUCAUAAACGCUCAGUCUGUCGUCUCAGUGCAUUUUUAAAGAGGAAACGACUCUUCAAGAAGAUUUUAUUAAGAUUAGCACAAAGCUGCAUGUGCUUUUGGGUUCAAUUAACGAUGCCGCCUGGUUUUCCAAAUGUUUUCAUAACUAAAACGGAUACAUAUGAGAUCUCAGCUCUGUGUUUCGUAACAUGUUGUCCAAAGGAAGCCCAUCUGUGUGGACUUUUUGUUUUAAAGGCCAUAGGGGUGGGCGGCGAAAUGGCAACAUGAUUACAUAGACUCAACAAACUAAAUGAAGGAGCAACAGUGAAAUCCAGCUACAGAUGGGCGACAAAUAGACAGGAACAGGAAGUUGAAUGGUUUUGGUGCUCGUUGAUUCUCUGGACUUGACCAAAAGAUGUUCACUCGGUUGAUGUUCAGAGAGGGAGAUGAAGGAUCAGAUAAAAACGUGUUAAAUUGAGUUGAGAUCUCGUGGUAAAGGACUUUUUAGAGAAACAUAAUCCCUCACUAUCCGGUGUCGCCCAUGGGACCUCAUUUCAACAAAAUGGUAUACUACUGUCAAAGACAAAUAGUAUUUCGAUCCCUUGAAUUGUGCAAUGUGAACAUAUGAUUUUGUCAAUUUCGAAGACGGUUUUGCAAGUCAAGAAAGUUGCAGUUUUGUACUGGUACCAGUUAGUUAUGAAUAAAACCCUUGUGAACUACA